UAGUGCAUUCUCUGAAAGAAACUGUCUUGGAAGACCCAGGAUCAAGAGCACUCACAGCUCCAAAUUCAAAAGACUCAGAAUCUACUACAGAAUCAUGAGCUCAUCAACUAUACAUUCUUUGGAGGAUCCCGCUGAAGAGCACAUCCAGCAGGAGAAAAUAAAGCAAGUUAAAUCCCCUUCCCCAUCACGGGGCAAACUGGAUAAAUUCCUGAGGAAGGAACUGGAAUUCCUGGGGGUGACUCAGACAAUGAUUGGCCUCAUUUGCUGCUUCUUUGGAGGAGUUAAUGAAUUCAUUUUGAAUUUUCUAAAACCUGAUCACACUUUCUCCACAUUUCACUUAGGCUAUCCAAUAUGGGGAGGAUUACUGUUCACCAUUUCUGGAUCUCUUUUGAUCGCAUCUGAAAGAAAAGGCACCAAAUACCUGGCACAAAGCAGCCUGGUGAUGGCCAUUCUCAGUGCUGUGGUGGCAGGAAUUGGGAUAAGCAUUCUCUGUUCCAAUCUGGAGGAAACAUCUUCAGUUAUGGAGGAAUGCCAUGAUCUACCGUUUGAAGAUUUUUGCUUUGCAGCUACUUUUUUAAAUGAGACUGCAGUCAUGGUUUUAUUCCUCACUGUCCUGGAAUUAGGCAUUGGUAUAUUACUCCCUGUCAAUGAAAUAAUUGGAAAAAUAGUGGAAACAUGGUUUGCAAAGCAUCCCAAAGCUCACCAAGAAGCUCUUUAUGAAGAAUUAUCCAUUUAUUACCCAAUUCCUGAAAACAUAGAGCUACAGAAAAGAGAACUUAUAUCCGGUGAACCAAAAGACACAGGAACGGAGUCCAUGGAGUCACUUCAUUCAAGAUUAUAUCAGUCACCAGAAGAACUCUAGAAAACAGUCAUGGAAACCAACAAAUGUUGUUGUUUUUGUUUUGUAUUUUUUUGGUGGGGCAAUGAGGGUUAAAUGACUUGCCCAGGGUCACACAGCUAGUAAGUGUCAGGUGUCCAAGGCUGGAUUUGAACUUGGGUCCUUCUGAAUCCAGGGCUGGUGCUUUAUCCACUGUGCCACCUAGCUGCCCCCCCAACAAAAGUUUUAAGAGCAUGGUACCCAGUGUAAAGGGUGCUUUACUUGGAGUCACAGUACCCGGGUUGCCUUCUGCCUCUGUCAUUUAUUUCCUGUAUAACUUUAGUAAAGUGACGACCUUUCUGCUCUUCAUCA